AUGCCUCUGACUAUCCUCUCGCAGUCGCAACUGCGAGCGCUACUGCACUCCCUCUCCCGCGACGACAUCAUCGAACUCCAAAAAAACCUCUCCGACGCCCUGCGCGAAUACUCCUCGGGUGCCCAGGACAAGGGCUGCUCGGCGACCUAUCAGCCGCAGCGAACGGCCAUUACCCGCCAGAAUGGUUGCACUACAUUGUUCAUGCCCGCCACCACGGGCCAGACGAUCGGAAUCAAGAUGAUCUCCCUGCAGGACGGCGCCGCGGCCGGAUGUGCCGUGGAGCGGGGUGCAUUUGAGAUCCCCGAGGGCGAGUCCACCUCGAAUCGGUCGCGGAAUGUCUCUGUGCGAGAUUCCGUCGCCUCGCUCUCGUCGGACAUGAGCGAUCUCUCGAUGGAGUCUUCCCAGGAAGAUAGCAACUCGACAACCACCGGCAGUACGGGGACCGAUAUCACCGACAGCCCGACUCUGCUGUCUGGAUGCGUCAACCAACAGCCUGUCGUCAACAAUAAUGUUUCUACCACGAUGGGUGCCUGGCCAGGGGCCGGCAGCCGUGAUACUUCGCCGAAAGGCAGCGUGACGCUUUUGGACAGCGAGAGUUUGCCAUUCGCCCUCAUCAACGCCCACGAAUUGACAGCCUUCCGCACUGCCUUGGCUUCGUUGAUGGUCUUCAACAAGCGCAAGAAGGUUAAAACUCUUCUGGUCUUUGGUGCAGGAACCCAGGCCUACUGGCACAUUCGGUUGGCAUUGAUCCUGCGCAGCGAGGAAAUCCGCCGCGUAUACAUUGUCAACCGAUCCUUCGAGAGAGCGGCAAAGCUCCUCCGCGACAUUUACCACCCUGAUAACACCAGCUGGCGGCGGGACGUCAAGUUCUCUGCCAUGAGCAACGACUUUGGCGAAUACCAGCGCAUCAUCAAGGAGCAUGUCCGUAAGGCGGACGCUAUCUUCUGCUGCACGCCAUCCGUCGAGCCUCUGUUCCCCGCAGAAUACCUGACCUCGCGUGAAGGUCGUCAGAAGGGCCGUCUGAUCAGCGCAGUCGGGUCUUACAAGGCUCACAUGGCCGAGGUGCAUCCAGACAUCCUCCGUGACGAAGUAACCGUCCAGCCUCCCCAUCGACAUUUCCACAAACACACUCGUCGCAGCGGCGUGGUUGUCGUCGACAGUCUGGACGCGGCUAUCAAAGAAGCAGGCGAGAUUGUCCAGGCUGGUAUCAAGCCCAACCAAAUGGUGGAGCUUGGUGAGCUGCUCAUGGUGCGCCAUGCCACGCAAGAGACUGCCGACGAGCAGAAGAGUCUGCGGGAAUGGGUCGAGAAGGGCAACGUCAUCUAUAAAAGUGUGGGUCUGGGCCUGAUGGAUCUCGUGACAGGCGGUGAUUUGGUGCGUCUGGCGCGAGAGCGCAAGUUGGGAACGACGGUGGAAGACUUUUGA